GCACAUUUCAUAUUACAAACAACAACAACUUAGUUGUAAAUACUUGUUUUGGGGGAUCGGAUUAGCACCAUCUUGUUACCGUGUUAAAAGUUUUACUUAUUAUUUUUCUAAUUAUUCGUUAAUUCGAAAUUAUUCUACUUUCAUCAGGGUUUAUGAAAUUUGUUUACAUGAGUUAUAUGAUAUAAUUUACCUUAGAUAUAUUUGUUACAUUGCUAAUAUGAUAAGCAAUUGAUUUUAGACAGGAUUAAAUUUCCUGAGUAGCAUGCAGGGUGACAGUGUUUAUUUUGUUUAUAAGGACUGGAAUGGAAUGUGAAAGAGUUAUACCUCGUGACAUACUUGAUGAUUUGUGCAGCCGCUUCAUCAUUAAUGUUCCUGAUGAAGAAAGGAGAGACCUCAUUAGAAUAUGUUUUCAAAUAGAAUCUGCACAUUGGUUUUAUUUGGAUUUUUAUAGUAAACAUUUUCCUACAAAAAAACCAUGUGGCAUCAAGGAAUUUGCUCAACAAAUAUUCAAGCAUCUGCCAUUUCUUCAACCAUAUACCAACAAUGUGGAGAAAAUAAUUGAUGAGUGGAAAGAUUACAAAUUUUGUGUCCCCACUUUUGGAGCUAUUUUGUUGGAUGAAGAUCUGUCUCAUGUACUGUUAGUCCAGAGUUAUUGUUCCCGAUCAUCCUGGGGUUUUCCUAAAGGAAAAGUAAAUAAAGAUGAACCUCCUUAUCAGUGUGCAAUCAGAGAGGUUUAUGAAGAAACAGGAUUUGAUAUAAGUAAUUUAAUUAAUCCUAAUGAAUAUAUCGAAGCCAAUGUAAAUGACCAAGUUGUUAGAUUAUAUCUUAUACCUGGUAUUAAUAAGCAAGAAAAAUUUGAACCUAAAACAAGAAAUGAAAUAAAAGCUGUAAACUGGUUUCCUAUUUGUGAUAUUCCUAGUAAUAAAAAACAAGCUACAUUAAAACUUGGUAUUGGUGCUAAUACAUUUUUCUUGGUAUCUCCAUUUUUAAGAAGACUGAGACAGUGGAUUUUUGACCAUAAUCAUCGUUUUCCUACAAAGCACUUUCGUAGACAAAGACACAAAUCAUGCAGUGACAUAGAUUGUAUUAGGUAUAAAGCAAGUGAUUUGAAUCUUAAAGAUAGUGUGGCUAUGCUGAAAAGUUUGAAGGAUAAAAAGGGAAAUUUGAAAAAUACUGAUACUGCAUACAAAGUGGAAGAUUCUAUUAAAAUUGAUGAUAAGCAGAUAGAAAUAUUCCAGCCUAAUAUUCUGGAACAGCCCAUACGCUAUGAAUUUUCUGGUCUAUUAAACUCUACAAUCAAUGAUUCCUUUUAUAAAACCUGUCACACAAAACAAUUUUUUCCCGAACAGUUUCAGCAAAAGAAUGACUAUUCCAACGUUAACCAAUUUGAUAAAUUAAGUAAAACAAUCGUUGUUGUUCAGAAUAAGGACUCAUUAUAUAAUAAUUUUAUUAAUAAUAUAACAAAGAUGGAAACAUCUAUUUCCGUUUUAUCAGAGGAAACUCCAGUUCAAGAAAGUUGUAGUACUUCUUCCAUCAAAGGUCCCCUUAAGCAGAACAUUAAUAUUCUCUCAAAUGAAUCAGCAUUUCGAAAAGUAGAGAAAUCAGGCAAAAACAAGAAAAGAAAUCGUUGUAAAAAGUUUAUGAAGUCAAUAAAAUCAGACGAUGUUAAUAUUGGCCAUCUCGAAAGUAAUGUGGAAAAUUCAACAAAAAGCUUUAGUGUAGAAAAUUCAACAAAAAGCUUUAGUUUAGAAAAUUCAACAAAAACCUUUAAUUUAGAAAAUUCAACAAAAAGCUUUAGUUUAGAAAAUUCAACAAAAAGCUUUAGUUUAGGAAAUUCAACAAAAAGCUUUAAUUGUUUGACAGAUGAAUGUUCUAUGGUAAGAGAGAUUAAUGAAGUGUCAAAAAAAAGUGAUUUUGAUACACAAUUUACUAAUAAACAGGAUCCAAGUAUUGAUGAACAACCAUUCAUUGGUGUAUCUAGGUGGGUUAAUUUCAAAUUUGAUUUAAAUGCUAUUUUGAGAAGCAUGGAAGAGGUGGCUCAAAAUAAAAAGAAACAAUUAUGAAUGCUCUAUUUUCAAUUCUAAUAGUUUCUUUGUAAAUCAAUUCAAGUGAAGUUUCACAUAAUCACUAUAGCCCUUAUUUGUAAAAUGCAUGGAAAAAUUCAUACUAAAAAAAAAAUACCUUUUAAGAUAUUUUUGUAAUUGUAUACUGUUGGUGGAAGUAAAUUAAAAAUCAUGAAUUGACUUCAAUUUUAUUUAAUUAUUUUUGAAAAUAGCACAUGUUAUAAUUAGCUUUACCUUUAUUAUCAACUGACUUACUGCCUAAAAAGUAGUCUUUAAUUAGUAUUUCUUAAUUCCCUUUACAUAUUAUAUUUUUAAUAACUAAUGUCUUUUGAUGAUGUAUUUUCUUCUUUCAUAGAGUAAUGUUUAAUAAUUGUAUUCUAUGGUUAUUACUGAAGAGUGUGUUCCUUUUGGGAACCAGUAGGCCCUUCAUAGAAAUCGAGAAUUAAUUAUAUUAAAUAAUCAUUACAUUUAAUAAAAUAUUUUUUGUAAAAUAUAACUUUGAUACAUAUAAAUGGUUAAAGAACACAAGGAAGGACGCUAAAUACUGAGUUUUAAAUUAAAAUAAAUAGUUUGUUUUAUAAUUGAGGAUGUUUUAGUGUGACAAUAAAAAUUAAUAUGUAAUUAUUUUACAUUUUAUAUAUACAUAUUAUACAGAAAAUUAUGUCCACAACUUAGUGUAUCAUUCAGAACUUGUUGACUUUUUAUUCGGAUAUAUUACUGUUUUGUUUCUUUAUUCAUAGCAUGCAAGUACUUUAUCAAUAUUUUAGAAAAAGUACAGUUGCUUCCUUUUAACUACUUAUUUCACAUAUGUAAGGUAUCCUUUAUAUGUUCUGUUAGGUAUAUUCUAUUGAAAAUGUAUAUAUAUAUAUAUAUAUACACACACACACACACACACACACCGUAAACUGGUCACUUUAGGAGAAGGAGUUGACUAUGGGCUAGAGUUUAUUUUGAAUUCAAAACCAUCUGGUGGAUUGAAACGUAGUUAUAUCAAGAAUAAACAAAAUUUUUCUGAUUACAAAAAUGACCCCUGUUCCAGUACGUAGUCACUUACAAGUCUCAUAGUAACGGUAGUUUACAGUGUGUGUUUGUAUUUACAUUUAAGGAUAUUUCAUAACUUUAAACUACUUUAGAUGUAUGUUAGAUUUUCAAAUAAAAGUAUAUAUUAGAACAACUGUUGAAGCAGCUAUUUACUGUUACCACUUGUAAAUAAUUACUGCCAAUAUAGUAUGUAAAAUUUACAAGUGUGAUGAUUUUAAUUUCAUUGAAAAUGUAAUGAAAUGGUAUUUUUAAAAUUUUAUAAUGUUGGAGUGCUGCUUUUGGAGUUACUUUUUUGUCCUAUUGCUUUGGUAGUUUAAAUAUAUUUAUGAAUUUCAAUAUAUAUAUAUAUAUAUAUUGAUGCUUGAAGGAUGUACUUAAAUCUAAAAUUAAAAUUCAUUUCAUUGUUUUUAUACGGUAAUUAUUCUAUUGUUUUUUUUAACUAGAAAAACUGUUUGUACUUUAAGUAGAUUAUGGUUAGUUUGUGAAGUACAUGCUGGUUAAUGUACUGUUUAUUUAUCCUAUAUUUCGAGGGGAAAAUAUAUGUUUGUUGAAUAUUUAAGAAGUUUUAUCUUGGAUAUUAUCCAGCCGGAAUAAUGAAGUAACAGAAACUGUAAAACAAUUUUUAAAUUCAUUUAUAGAAUAAGUUAUAAAAAGUAGUCAUAUAUUGCCCAUCGUUAAUAUAAAUGUUGAUAUUUUUAUAAUUUAUUCAUUAAAGGUUAUGUAAUGCAUAUGUUUAUAGUUUGAUAUGAAUUGACCAAAAUCAGUACCUGGAAUUGGAAUAUUGCAAUAAUAUUGUUGUUAAUAAGUAAUAAACUAUAAUGGUAUAUGAAUAUUAAAGUUUGCUCAACCAUCCAAUUUACUGUAAACUAUUGUAGGUUAGUCAUUUGUAUUUUUAAAUACAGGUGGUCUUAUAAGUAAGUUAUUUGUACUUUUAAUAGCUUGUCAAUUAAAUAAAAUUAUUUUCAAACAUCUAUUCAUUUAUUUUGUUUUUAAUUUUCAAAGUCCACGUAUUUACUUUCAUUCUCAGUAAACAUCAUUCAAUUACACUUCUACAUGCG